UUUCUUUGCCCAAUGAAAAUGAACCGCGGCUGACACCUGGCUAUAAACCCAGGAAGGAACCCAAAGUCCUAAUCAGAAAUCUGUAGAAAAAACCCAGAGAGGCGCAGCAGGCAGACGAGCGGAGAGACGGCCGUGAUGACUUCCAGUAAGAUCGAGAUCCCCGGAGAGGUGAAGAGCGACCCCGCUGCUCUCAUGGCAUCCCUCCAGCUGAUGCCCUCACCGGUGCCCAACCCGGAGAUCAAGUACACUAAGAUUUUCAUCAACAAUGAGUGGCAGGACUCUGUUAGUGGGAAGGUCUUCCCUGUCUACAACCCAGCUACUGGAGAGCAGAUCUGUGAGGUCCAAGAAGCAGAAAAGGCUGAUGUUGAUAAAGCGGCGCAGGCGGCUCGCCUGGCUUUUUCUUUGGGCUCCGUAUGGCGAAGGAUGGACGCAUCUGAAAGAGGUCGUCUGCUGUCCAAACUGGCCGACCUGGUGGAGAGAGACAGCGUCUAUCUAGCAACUAUUGAGUCACUGAAUAGUGGGAAGCCCUUCCUGCCCACCCUGUUUGUGGACCUCCAAGGAACCAUAAAGACACUGAGAUACUUUGCUGGAUACGCAGACAAGAUCCACGGCACUUCCAUUCCAAUGGAUGGAGAGUAUCUGACAUUUACCAGAUAUGAGCCCAUUGGAGUUUGUGGACAAAUUAUCCCUUGGAACUUCCCUCUGAUGAUGACAGCAUGGAAGCUGGGCCCGGCACUCGCAUGUGGAAACACUGUUGUCCUCAAACCUGCUGAGCAGACACCUCUCACCUGCCUCUACAUCGCAGCUCUCAUCAAGGAGGCCGGGUUUCCACCGGGAGUCAUCAAUAUUUUGCCAGGAUUCGGGCCAACGGCAGGAGCUGCAAUUGCUUCGCACAUGGGCAUAGACAAAGUGGCCUUCACAGGAUCAACUGAGGUCGGCAAGCUGAUCCAAGAAGCAGCUGGGAAGAGUAACCUGAAGAGAGUGACGCUGGAGCUCGGAGGAAAGAAUCCCAACAUCAUAUUUGCAGAUGCUGAUUUGGAUUUGGCUGUAGAACAGGCCCACCAGGGCGUGUUUUUCAAUGCAGGCCAGUGCUGCACAGCGGGCUCUCGCAUCUAUGUGGAGGAGCCCAUAUAUGAUGAGUUUGUUCGGAGAAGUGUGGAGAGAGCCAAGAGGAGGAUAGUCGGCAGCCCCUUUGAUCCCACUACUGAGCAGGGUCCACAGAUCAGUCGGGAGCAGCAGAAUCGUGUGUUGGAGUUUAUCCAGAGCGGCAUCAGUGAAGGAGCCAAGUUGGAGUGUGGCGGCAAAGCUCUGGGCUUGAAAGGGUUCUUCAUCGAGCCCACUGUUUUCUCUAAUGUGAGGGAUGACAUGCGCAUCGCCAGAGAGGAGAUUUUUGGACCAGUCCAGCAGAUCAUGAAGUUCAAAACUAUCGAGGAAGUGAUAGAAAGAGCCAACAACACAGAUUAUGGUUUGGUUGCGGCCGUGUUCACCAACGACAUCAACAAAGCCAUGACCAUCUCCACGGCCAUGCAAGCCGGCACUGUCUGGAUAAACUGCUUCAACGCUCUGAGCACACAGUGUCCAUUUGGGGGAUAUAAAAUGUCUGGCAAUGGGCGUGAAUUGGGUGAAAAUGGCUUGAAGGAGUACUCAGAAGUGAAGACCAUCACGAUGAAGAUGGUCGCCAAGAACUCUUAAGGCAGCCAUGCUUUUUUGGGAGGAGGUAGCGUCUUCCUCAUCACUGACCCGCCUCUUGUCGGUCCAUCCACAGUGGCAAACCACAUUAACCAUCCAAACUAGUUAUCUCCAUGGUAACUACAGGCUGUGACCACUUGCUGCCCUCUCAGUCCCUCCAUCAGCUCCGCCUUUGCUCGCCACGGACAGUCAGCUGAUCCCUGUCCAACUAUCUCCUUGAAUUUGUGGACUGUCUCUAGUCUAACUGACAACCACUGAACCACCCCCAUACUGUAUACCUCCUCCACUAACUACACUAAAGCACUCACAGAGACGAUGGGGGAGGCUGUUCUGACUGCAAACCCCAA